UUCUGUAAUUCAGCCUCUACGGGCGAUCAUACCAUUAAUUUGUAAUCAUUACAAGAAUACCAAAAUCGUGUAAUGAGCAAGUGUGCGUUUAUUAGACAGUUUAAUAUCACGUCAGUUUGAGCUUUCAGAAUCGGCGAAUCUGCUGCGGUCGUCCCAUCACAUCUGGAGCGGAGACCUGACCCAGGAAGUUGGUCACCAGAUAACACGGAAACCAGUUAAACCGUAACACCGGAAAUGGAGGAUGAAAUGGUUGAUCUGAAUAGUGGAAGCAAUUCAAGUAAGAAAUGGAAAGUGGUAGAUACUCGGAAAAGAAAGAAAAGCUGGGUACAAAUUUCAGAAACGGACAGUGAAAAGGGAAAUCACCAGGCAAAGAGGAGGAAAGAGGAAUAUAAGUGCUCAAGUCUGCAGGCAGAUGUUCCUCUAGCUGUGGUUGAGGAGAUCCUCCUGAAUCUGCCUGCUCAUCAGGUGGUGCGAGUCUGUCGUCUGGUGUGUCAUGAGUGGAAGGAGCUGGUGGACAGUGCUGCACACUGGAGAGUGCGCUGUCGGAGAGAGGGGAUCCAGCCACGUGAUGCUUCCAGACCACCAGAUGACUGGCGCUUGUUUUACUUCUUAACUAAGAAACGACGUAACUUGCUCAAGAAUCCCAGAGCAGAAGAUAAACUUCAAGGAUGGAAGAUUGUAGAGAAUGGAGGUGACCGCUGGGUGGCAGAGGAAAAUAGGAAACCAUUUCCAGAUGAGACAGUCACAAAAUGUUUUGUAACAUCUUAUUGGUUAUGUUUGAAGCAACAACUUAUUAAUUUGAAGAAAGAAGGCUACAGUGAUGCUUUCAUGGAUCAACUACAACCUCAUAUCAAAAUAACAGACUGGUAUGCACCACGCUUUGAUUGCGGGUGUCAUUAUGAGAUCGGUGUAGAGUUGCUUGAUCAGAGGAAAAAACCUAUCUGUACUUUUCAGCCUGAGAAAGUUUUUUUUGAACAGUGGAAUGAUGAGCUGUGGUGUCAAAUGACCCAUGUCUUUAAGAAUUAUGGACCUGGGGUUCGGUUUAUCCGUUUCACUCAUGGUGGGAAGGAUACACAGUUUUGGGCAGGCUGGUAUGGGAUACGGGUCACUAACAGUAGUGUGGAGAUCUGUCCAGCUGAAGAGAGAUAGUGUUUAUAUAUAUAUAUAUAUAUAUAUAUUAGUCUGCAACUAAAUACAGGCAUACACAUGCACUUUUAGAAAUGAUUUCACUUAAUAGAAUAAUCAGUUUACAUAAGUGCAAUAAAUGAUUCCAAAUUACUGCAUGUGAGUGAUGGUAUGUUCAACACUGAAGCUUUGAAACGUAAUUAAAAAACGAAGCUUAAAGGUUUGGUGCUUGGUUAAAAGAGAGAAGUAUUAAAAGAGACCUAUUAUUGUACACUUGAGGACUUUGUUUAAGCAGAACCAGUACAGAUAACAUCAUACCUGCAGCAAAUAAUCCAGAGGUUUAUGGUUUCCUACUGACUUCGAGGUGCAGUUCAUUUUAAUGUGUUGCAGUAAGAUUACAUGUUUAAAGUAUUUGAUAAGAUGAGUUAUUGUAUAUCCUUUUUUCAUUUAUCUGCUAUAGCCUACAAAUUUUGCAUUUGUAACAGUUGUAAAUGAAUGUAAGAAAUGUAUACAGUGGAAAGGAAAUGAAUGAAACUGUAAGGGCUUUUGCGAUCUUUGCAAAUGUUUCCAAUCAUUGAAGCCAUAAUAAAAAAAUACCAUAUUUACAGAA